AUGACAGAAAAUACGUCAAUAAGAAGGAGGUAUGAGAAAAGUUUCACAGAACGACCUGGUUUUACCGAAGAUGAAAUUGAAGAAAUAAGAGAAGCCUUUAAUUUAUUAGAUACAGAUGGGACAGGUACAAUUGAUCCCAAAGAAAUAAAAUGCGCCAUGCAAAGCUUAGGGUUAGAUGUAAAAAACCCUAUGAUAUUUAGAAUGAUAGCAGAUUUAGAAAAAGAUGGUUAUUCGUCAAUUGAUUUUGAAGAGUUCAUGGAAGUCAUAACAUCUAAAUUAGGAAAUAAGGAUACGAGAGAGGGUAUUCAAAGAAUAUUUAACUUAUUUGAUGAUGAUAAAACAGGAGCAAUUUCAUUAAAAAACUUAAAAAGAGUUGCUAAGGAAUUAGGAGAGACUUUGACCGAUGAAGAAUUGAGAGACAUGAUAGAUCGUGCGGACUCAAAGGGGGAAGGAGAAAUAUCAUUUGAAGAUUUUUACACAAUUAUGACAAAAAAGAGUUUUUUAUAG